AUGCCUCACAUUCGCACCUUUGCCGCCGUGCUCAGCGCAGCUCUCCCCGUCGCCAACGCUUGGGGCACUUUGGGCCAUGAAACCGUGGCUUUCAUUGCCCAGGACCGCAUGGCCGGGCACACGGUCUCCUGGGCUCAGGGUGUUCUGGACAACACUAGCACUUCCUACCUGGCGGGCAUCGCCGCGUGGGCUGAUACCUACCGCUACACUGCUGCUGGAACCUUCAGCGCCCCGUUCCACUUCAUCGACGCAGAAGAUAGUCCACCUUCGUUGUGUAGUGUGGACUAUGACCGCGACUGUGGAGCGAAGGGCUGUGUUGUUAGUGCUAUUGCAAACUACACUCAACGUGUCGUUUCCACCACUCUGAGUAACACCGAAGUCAACCACGCGCUCCGUUUCCUCGUUCACUUUGUCGGCGACAUUCACCAGCCUCUGCACGACGAAGCCCUCGAGAUCGGUGGCAACGAUAUCGACGUCACUUUUGCCGGAGCCUCAACCAACCUGCACCACAUCUGGGAUACAGAGAUCCCCGAGAAGUUCGUCGGCGGUUACUCUCUCUCCGAUGCCAAAGCCUGGGCUCAAACCCUCAACACUGCCACCAAGAGCGGCAUCUACGCAUCCCAGGUCGCGAGCUGGACUAAGGGCUUGGACGUUACUGAUCCGGUCACGACCGCUCUUGAUUGGGCUUCUGAGGCUAACGCCUACGUGUGUUCCACCGUCAUGCCUAAUGGCCAAGCCGCGGUUGAGGACGUCGACCUUAGCGGAGCUUACUACGCCUCGGCUAUCUCGGUUGUCGAACUCCAGAUUGCUAGGGCUGGUGUAAGACUGGCCGCCUACUUGGAUGCUAUUGCGAAGAAUCAGAAGGUGCUCACCAAACGCCUUGUCCAGGACGACGUAGACAUGAGCGGAGCCGAUCUACUGCCGGAUACCAGACCAUUGAGCAAGGCUAAAUUAGUGCGUGAGGCCGUUGGGUAUGGAUGUAAGCACUAG